GAGUCCCCCUCACAGUGCUGCAGAUAGGGGCUACCAACACAUGCGGCGCAUCUGCAGGUGAGGGAAAAGGCUGAAUAUGCUGGACACGCAGGAAUUCAACCAACGUUUCCUAAAAACUGCGUCGGAUAUACAUUGUUUUUAAAAUUUUCCGUUUGGGUUUCCAACCCUGAUUUUUCAUCGGCUUCUACAUUGUGGAGUUGGCUCGGAAAGGAGAGAGAACUGGUUGUAAGUGACUUGGAGGAAAAGAGCAGAAUAAGCAACCGGACAGGUGAUUUGCUUCAUAUUCACAUCCUCGAGAUCGGAGAGUUGACACGUAGCCAGCACUCGUCUUAAGUUGAGUGUGGAAACUGCGCGGGCAUUUAAAUGAUCCUCUGACAUAUGUGGACAUAUUAUCGGACAAAGGAAUAUUGCAGCCCAAGAGAUUCCAACCACAAACUGUGAGUAAAACGGCGCAAUAUGGACUGAUUUUACUUUCUGGUGAUAUGUUGUUCGGACUGUAACGCUUUGGUUUUUACGCGCAUGACACUGACAUAUUUGUGCCACCAUCCAGGGCGCACGGAGCAACUCUGGUGUGUUUUUAAUAUCAUUGCUGUUUUGUUUUUUUAAAUAUUAAAACACGGUAACAGCGACUGAGAUCCAGUGCUGGAGGAGGAAAAGCAGAGGAGAGAGGAAAGCCCGUGCACUUGCUGCUUUUCGCUGCAGUAGGAGCGAUGUAGGAAGUCGUCCGGGGGAUGAGUCUCAGACAUCCCGAAACCGAGGGCUUUGCUCUUAAUGAAUACGACAUUUCUUUUUCAUAUUCGGACUUUCUAUUAGUGAUUAAAUAAUUCUUUGACAUUUUUCCAAUUCUAAGUGGACAUUUUUUUCUGAGGAGAACAAUGAGGACUACUGGUGCAGUGGACUAUUUGUACUAUUGCAUGCUUAUCCUGCAGCUUGUGCAUCAGCCAGCUGCAAAGCAAGUGCUCCGCUACCGUUUGGCUGAGGAGGGACCCGCCGAUGUCAGAGUAGGGAACGUAGCCGCCGACCUGGGCAUUGUUGCCGGGUCCGGCGAGGUGACAUUCACGCUCGAGUCAGGCUCAGAUUUUUUCAAAAUAGACAACAUAACAGGUGAGCUCACCACCAAUGAGAGGCGGAUAGACCGUGAAAAAUUACCGCAGUGCCAAAUGAUAUUUGAUGAAAAUGAGUGUUUUAUAGAUUUUGAAGUGUCAGUUAUUGGGCCAGCCCAGAGCUGGGUCGACCUCUUUGAGGGAAAAGUUAUCAUAUUAGACAUAAAUGAUAACACUCCGUCUUUCCCUUCCCCUGUUUUGACACUGUCCGUGGAGGAAAACAGACCCAUUGGAACCCUUUAUCUGCUGCCUACAGCUACAGACAGAGAUUUUGGCAGAAAUGGAAUAGAGAGAUAUGAGCUUAUCCAGGACAAUGGGGAAAACUCGAGGCGCUUGGGCUCUUCUGGGGAUUCAUACUCGGGAAAGAGGAGAUUUGAAGAAGGUGUAAGCAGGAGCAGCGUCUUUGAACUGCAAGUUGCUGACACUACUGAUGGAGAGAAGCAGCCUCAACUCAUCAUUAAAGGGGCUCUUGAUAGGGAACAGAGAGACUCCUAUGAGCUCACAUUGCGUGUUAGGGAUGGAGGAGACCCCCCUCGCUCUUCCCAGGCCAUUCUAAGGGUGAUGAUCACUGAUGUGAAUGACAACAGCCCUCGGUUUGAGAAGAGCGUGUACGAAGCUGACCUACCUGAAAACAGCUCCCCUGGUGCCCCCAUACUACAGCUCAAAGCAGCAGAUGCAGACGUGGGGGUUAAUGGUCAAAUAGAGUAUGUGUUUGGAGCAGCCACAGAGUCAGUAAGGAGGCUGCUGAGGUUGGAUGAGAGCACGGGGUGGCUGAGUGUGUUGCACCGCAUUGACCGUGAAGAAGUGAGCCAACUUAGGUUCACAGUAAUGGCCCGUGACCGAGGCCAGCCACCCAAAAUGGACAAGGCCACUGUGGUGUUGAACAUCAAGGAUGAGAAUGACAAUGUUCCUGCUAUAGAAAUAAGGAAAAUUGGACGCAUUUUCUUAAAAGACGGGGUAGCCAGUGUGGCUGAGGACGUGGUGGUGGACACACCCAUUGCCUUAGUUCAGGUGUCAGAUCGAGACCAGGGGGAAAAUGGCAUAGUGACCUGCACAGUGGUAGGGGAUGUUCCCUUUCAGCUAAAACCAGCCAGUGAAAUGGAGGGUGAGCAGAACAAAAAGAAAUAUUUCCUCCACACGUCUGCGCCGCUGGACUAUGAGGCCACACAAGAAUACAAUGUGGUUAUAGUGGCUGUGGACUCUGGAAGCCCAAGUCUAGCAAGUAAUAACUCUCUUACUGUUAGAGUGGGCGACACUAACGACAACCCUCCUGUCUUUAGCCAGAAUGUAGUAGAGGUGUCUUUUCCAGAAAACAAUGCCCCUGGCGAGAGGGUGACAACAGUGGCAGCCAUUGAUGCAGAUAGUGGGAAGAAUGCCGAAAUAGCCUAUUCCCUUGACUCAUCAGUAAAUGGGAUUUUCUCUAUCGAUGCAGACAGUGGAGACAUCCGAGUAAACACCAUUCUAGAUAGAGAGCAAACGGAGCGCUACGAAUUCAAAGUGAUAGCCAAAGAUAAGGGCAUAAACACCCUUCAGGGCUCUGCAACGGUGGUUGUCCUUGUGGCCGAUAAGAAUGACAACGAACCAAAGUUCAUGCAGGAUGUGUUCACCUUCUAUGUCAAAGAAAACCUUGAGCCAAACAGCCCAGUUGGCAUGGUUACAGUCAUUGAUGCCGAUAAAGGGCAAAAUGCAGAGAUGAGUCUUUUCAUUGAAGAGGAGGAGGAGAUCUUUUCUAUUGAGAAUGAUACUGGGACUAUUUUCUCCACCCUCUCCUUUGACCGAGAGCAGAAAACUACAUACACCUUCCGUGUUAAAGCUGUGGAUGGUGGUGACCCCCCUAGAUCUGCCACCGCUACAGUUUCACUCUUUGUCAUGGAUGAAAAUGACAAUGCGCCAACGGUCACGUUUCCAAUAAACAGCUCCUACACCCUUCUUCCUCCCUCCAGCAACAUCAGAACGGUAGUCAGAACUGUCAUAGCCACUGAUACUGACACCGGCAUCAACGCAGACCUGAACUACAGCAUCAUUGGAGGGAACCCCUUCAAGCUGUUUGAGAUCGAUGGGGGCACUGGGGUCAUUUCACUGGUGGGAAAGCUGGAGCAGAAGCACUACGGCCUCCACAGACUGGUGGUCCAGGUGAACGACAGUGGGCAGCCAUCACAGAGCACAACCACGCUGGUUCACGUGUAUGUUAAUGAGACUCUUUCCAACUCCACAGUUGUAGAGGCCCAGGUGGCUAAGAGCCUGAGCACCUCCCUCAACACCAACAUUGCUGGUGACCCUAACUAUGAUCUCAGCAAACAGCGGUUAAGCAUUGUAAUCGGAGUAGUUUCAGGGAUCAUGACAGUCAUACUUAUCAUUCUUGUUGUUGUCAUGGCCCGUUAUUGCCGUCCCAAAAAUAAGAAUGGCUACGAGGCUGGCAAGAAGGAUCAUGAAGAUUUCUUCACACCACAGCAACAUGAGAAAUCCAAGAAGCCCAAGAAAGAUAAGAAGAAACAGAAGUCCAAACAGCCACUCUAUAGCAGCAUUGUCACUGUGGAGGCCUCCAAACCCAACGGGCAGCGAUACGACGGCGUCAGCGAAAAGCUGUCGGACAGUCCAGGGAUGGGCCGCUACCGUUCAGUCAACGGAGGGCCUGGCAGCCCAGAUCUGGCCCGGCACUACAAGUCUAGUUCGCCACUCCCCACUGUUCAACUUCAUCCUCAGUCUCCAACAGCUGGAAAAAAGCACCAGGCAGUUCAGGACCUGCCCCCUGCCAAUACCUUUGUUGGCACCGGAGAUAACAUUUCCCUUGGAUCUGACCACUGCUCUGAAUACAGCAGUCAAACUAUCAACAAGUACAACAAACAGCCGUUUCGCCGAGUGACCUUUUCGGUGGUGAGCCAGCCCCAGGACCCUCACCAGCAGGGAUCGCUGCAGAGCUGCUACGACAGCGGCCUGGACGAGUCGGAGACGCCCAGCAGCAAGAGUUCAUCGGGGCCCCGGCUGGGCGCCCUUCCCCUGCCUGAGGACAGCUACGAGAGGACAACGCCGGAUGGCAGUGUCGGUGAGGCAGAGCACAUGGAGAAUGACUCCCGGCCCUUGCCUGACGUAGCCAUGACUGGCAAGUGCACCCGGGAAUGUGACGAGUACGGCCACUCGGACUCCUGCUGGAUGCCUGUGCGUACGUCGCCCGAGCGACGGCCAUCCAAGUCAACCACCACCCCCCAACAACCAAAGCUUUCCACCUUCAUGAGCGGCAACGGCAGUGAGGCCAACGGAGACCCCACCGCCGCUCACAUGAUGGGCGACCGCAAUCGGAACCUGCUCAACAAGAAGAUGGCCUCCUCCUCCUCCUCCUCAUAUGAGGCAUUUGGCUCACCUUCCUACGGCUCGCCAGGAGGUGGGGAGGAGGUGCUGGGCCACCCCACCGAGGAAAUCCCUCUGGCACCUACUGGGGAGUACAAGCCCACGUCCUGUGGUACUCUGACACGACGAGAGGUGUACCUGUGAGCUGGGAGGGUUAGACGCACCUGCUGUGCCACAACAUAUGGCACUAAAACACAACACUAAGCAUCGCUGCUUACCCACCACCGUUACAGCUCUAGAAGCUUCUAGCUACUCUUGUUCUGCACAAGGUAGGACUAAACUUUCUCCAAAGACUUUAACGACAGCUUCUUAAUGAAAAAUCUACGUGGAUAUAUAAAUAUAGUACCAUUUUAAAGUGCUAAUUCUGGACAUGUUCUGCAAGACUGGAGGAGGAGGAAAGCUGUUGAGAGCACUCAUUGGACCUGGGAUGAGGCUGUACCAAUGGCGACUUGGGCUCAUGGGACACAAUCUGCUGCCUGACAGUCAAUCUGUAAAAUAAUCAACUCAUUUUGCAUAUACAAUACAUGCAUGCAUUAUCCCCCUGCUCCCUGUGAAGGCCCCAUUACCUGAAGAUGACACUGUAGAAGAGACGAUUUCUUCUUCCGUUUUUUCUAGAGAAGCUGUACAUAUGGACAUUUCGACUUCAAAUUGUAUCUGGUUAUGUCUUUUUUUUUAUUUCAGAACACUGGAACACUUUGGCCAUUAUGUUCUGUGGCUACAACAAUAUGCUGGACAUAAUGGUCUCUAUCAUACUGAGCUGUCCACGGGUUGUGAUAAAAGUUGGUCAAAAGCAGACCGAAACUUGACCUUAUUCAAAUCUUAGAAGGACGGGAAAGACAAAGCUUUACAAACUCAGCCCAGAAAAUGUUUAUUUCAGGCCUCUCUUAAAAUGGACAGAAAUGGGAACCAGUGGAAUUUGCUGCAACAACCCUUCGUUCAGACUACGACCCUGCUGGUGUACUGUGAUGAACAUAUGAUGACUGGUUCUAACUUCCCAGUGCAUACACUCUUCACAAGUGAAAAGUCACUCAUUGUACAUAACAAUGGACCACAGCAAUGAUGCUAACUGCUCUCGUUCCCCUUUGUCUCAGUCUCCCAUUCUUUGUCUUCUGAUUGGCGGGAUUAACACCAAAACCCUAAGAGAUGCAAGAUCUUAGAGCCAUGACUUAUUACCUAGCACUGGCCGGAAAAGCAUGUGUGUACAUGGCUGCGCAUAUCUGGAUCACCUCAGCGGGUUUAUAUCCUGUUUUUCUCAUACACACACGUGGACACACACUUAACACAGAAAUAGAAAAGCAGGUUCAUUUCACUGAGGCCAGUGGCACUGACUCAAAAUCCUGACUAAGCACAGUUUGCAGCAUGCUGUCUUUGAAAUUAUGAAGGUGCAAUUGAAAUUGUAUGUGAGUGUGGGCCAGAUAUGCAGUAUAUAAUGUGUGUAUAGACCAUAUUUAGUGUUUACUGUAGAUGUACACCAGUAAUAGGCUUAGGAGGGCAUAAACACGGUCCUAAAAUAGCUGCAGUGCCAGCUUUUUACUGUUAUUCCUUUGUGUGUGCGUGUGUGUGUGUGUGUGUGUGAUAGACUGAGCAAUAAAUAUCAUAAUGUACACGUGACCAACAAGCAUCAACUUCUUUUUCACUUCUUCUCAAGCCUUCAAGGUGACAUUAACCCCCACAUGGCUGUCGAAGAGUCCUCUUAGCGCUAGUAGAUGUUGCUUUCCAUAGUACAAGGUGAUGGCGUCUUUGAGCACGAAUGUAAGAAUCAGCUCAGUGGAAAACAAUCAAAAAGCAACACCUGAACGAGCAGAUACUAGGACUUUUUUUUUGAUUACACGUGGAGAAAGAUGGUGUCAAAGUGAAACCAAAGCUUCACAAGCAGGAUGAAGCAUUCCCCACCCUCCCAUUAUAUAUACAGAUAGCUUUCUGGGAGAACGUUGCUUUAAGUACACAUUACAUGAAGAAUUUUUUUAAUGAAGGAAUGAAUGAUAAGAAUGUGAUGUCUCAACAAAACAUCGCCUACAUCCUAAACGGCGACGCUUAAUGACCACUUACACACAUGUAACAGUGUUGAGAUGUCGUGCCUCCCUGUCUACAGUGAUUUUUCUCAGCUACAGAGGUGCAGAAUCUCAUGACUGUAAUAAAGCAAAAGAAUCAGAUGCAAUGGAGCUUUUUGUAUGUUAACAAAACCCCUUUGGUUUGACCGGAGCUGCUUUUUCUGCAUUCCGGCGAUCUAUAAUCUGUAAGUACUACUCGUUGUUGGAAGGAAAGUGCUCCUAUACUUAUCAACUGUAUACAUAAAUAUUUACUUUUUACUGCACGUUUAAUGGGAACUUACUUCACUUGAUGAGAAGUAAAAAGAAAAAAAAAGUAAAACAAAAUGUACAAAAAAUGUUAUCCCUGUAAACAUGGAAAUCCACCUUGUUGCUUGCUUUUGUUAUACCUAAAGAAACAUUAGCCAUGUAGUACAUCUCUGCACAUCGUAAGACCAUGCACACGCCGAUCUUUUUUUAAAUUCAUAUUUAAUCUAAUUUCAUGGUCUUGUUUUACCACACAAACCCAAAUUUUACAUUUCAUUUACAUCAACUUUAUACCAUCAAAUUUGCAAAUUUUUAUCUCAUGUUGUAGUUUGUUUUAAUCCCAUACACUGAAUUGUUACACAGUAACAGACAAAACCAUGAAAUGAUCACAACAGUGUACUAUAAUGUGUGGUUUUUUUUUUUUGUUCUUUACCUGGUACCACUUUGUAAAUUUAGAAUGCUUCUGAUAAAAGAAGAAAAAUCCAAAAAAAAAAAAAAAAAAAAAAAUACUAGAGUGAAUGCAAAUAUGCAGUUGUGCCUUUUUAUACCAUUUGGUAUGAUUCCAUGUUGGUUUGGAAUGAUGCAUAAACAACGACAUGGUUACAAAAGUAGUUGGGGUGGCAUUUAAGAACAGACUGAAGUAUAUUUGCAUAUCUUAGAUGAAAUCCCAUGAUGUCAAAGGCUUCUUGGAGGAUGGCCGGUCAAAUAUCAGUGAACCUUUCGUCUAAGACUCACAUGGCUGUUGUUUACUGGGUUCAAUUAUCUUGUUGAAAUAUCCAUUCCUAGCAUAGUGCAUUAUUAAAUGAGUACAGAUACAUUCAAAAGUUGCUUGUUGAUGGUAAUAAUAAUGAUAAUGGAUUUUUUUUUGUUGUGUUCCACUCAUGUACACGUACGACAUCAGAGGUCGAGUAACCUUCAUUGUGCAUGAAACAAGCUCUAGGACUGAAUACCGAAGCAGUGAAAGACAGAUGAAGGAAGACAACAAAAUGAAAGUGCUUGGAGACAUUUGACUGCUCAGAGUUGAGGGAGCCUAGAGAUAAAAAUGCUAAUUGUGACGGUUUACUAUGAGGAGUGGAAGCGGGAGGGGGAAAGAAAGCAGUAAGGGAGAGCAGCCGACAGGACACACACCUCAGGAUGUGCCAAGCAACACGCAGAUUUACAAUAGACGCAUAUCAGUGCAUGAUGAAACCCAGUCUUACAAACAGGCGUGGCGCGAUGUUGGCUGCGAUACUGGAAAGUGAUGCUUUGAAUCUGUAGAUCUGAUGACUUGAAAACAAAGACUCUGUAGUGCAAAUCUCAGACGAAAAGUCAAGCAUUCCACACACACACAGGCAACUACACUAAAUACGAUGUCCACUACUUCAUAGCUGAGCACUAUUAGGCUCAGUACGUUUUCGUCUGAUAUGCACUGGGGUAUACUGUAUGCUCCAGAAAUCUCGAUGUUAGUAGGUGAUACUGUUGUAACUUUUUAGAACACAAAGUACAAAACACCUGCCAUCAAAAUGUUUGUAUCCUGUUACUGCCCGAGGUGUGUGUUUAGUCCGUGCUCUCCUCUAUUCGUACAGCGUUCACAGUGUGUAAUGAGAUUUGUAAUAUUAACCAUUACUAUUUGUCCUGCGACUUGGAUGUUGAUAUAGAAAUUGAGGAACAAAUUUAUCAUCGUUUAAUAUGAGUCACUAUGCACGCAGCUUAGCUGAACAUGGCAAAGUGUAUUGAACGCAAGUCCACUUCUAUUUAUGAGAUAUUUUACAUAAUUUAAUUUGCUUUUGUACAGAUUUGUGUAAAUAAAUUGCUUGUCAUUUUUGUCUCUGCAGAA